AUGAGGUUCGACCCACCCCCGACUGCCGCUCUCCAAGCAGCGGUCAAGACUGAACUCUGUGCCCUCAAAGUGCCGCUGCACCUCAUUGAACGAUGGAUACGGUGGUCUUGCCAGGUUGUAGAAUGCUUCUACCCCCUUCAUAUCCUCGAGCUGAAAGUAUUGCUCGCCAUUUGCAAUAUCAUAAUCUUCCACAUCGACGACACACUAUCAAGGACCCCUGCCAUUCUGUUGAGCUUCCAACUGAACAUAGCCAUGGGCCGCCCCCAAAAUGAACCCAUUCUGGCGUGUCUUGCAAACGACAUCCUGCCGCGGAUGUGGAGUUAUUUUCAUCCUUUGGCAGCCAACGCCAUUGUAAUCGGGUUCCAAGAAUUUAUCAAUGGUACAAUCAUGGAGAACAUGGCUUGUUCCAUUCUCCCAAUUUCCGCCUCCGCCCCAUCCUUCCCGGAAUAUGUUCGACUCAAGUCCGGCGCACCUGCACCAUAUGCCUUCUGGUUGUUUCCAAGAGACAGCCACCCUGAUGUACGCACGUACAUUCAAGCCAUACCCGAUCUGAUGGCAUUCAUCAACCGCGUUAACGAUAUUCUGUCCCUGUACAAGGAAGAACUCGCUGGGGAAGACGACAAUUAUGUCCACAUGCGAUCGACGCUUUCUAGCCGCAACAUUGUAGACACAGUCAAGGAGAUCUGCGACGAAACCAUUGCCGAGAUGAAUCGCAUCACAGUAACGUUGUCGCACGAUCCCGCGGCUCAGGCGACUUUCCAGGGCUAUGUCUCUGGAUACCUACGCUUUCACUUCUCCACUACACGUUAUCGUUUGGAAGACCUUUUCGGAGAUUCUUGA